UUAUGUUGAUUUUAUGUAAGGAAAAGGUUUAUUCAAUAGAAUGGUUUGACCAUGCGUCUCAAUGACGCGGAAUUUAUUUAGGAAUCAAUCAAAACACACAACUCCAAAGAUGGAAUUGCAAGCACUCCAUAAGGUUCCUGGUUUCAUUAAUGAAUGUGCAGAAGUUCUUAACGAAGAGUGGAAAAGAAGUUUAACUGCGAGAUUAUACAGUUUAGAGAAAUCUAAAGACAAUUUUCCAAUAUGCCUGGUACUUUUAAAGAAAGAAGAUAAUGGGAAACAGUUUGUUGUUGGCCAUAGUAUGUUGUCUAUAGUACGUGGACAGCCUGUACAGAGUUGUCUGGUUGAAUCAGUUGUUGUUAAGAAGAGUCACAGAGGCAAAGGUUAUGGGCGCAUUGUUAUGAACAAAACUGAGGAAUUUGCUGCAAGCCGAGGAUAUAAAGUGAUGUAUUUAACUACCCACGAUAAGCAGAAGUUUUAUGAACAUCUUGGAUACGAGUACUGUUCACCCAUUGUUACAUUUAAUACAGAUAUCAUUCCGGAACAUUUCGCAAAUAAAUUGAUAGGGAGUUUAGGAAGUACUGCCAAAAAUAUAGAAUCUUCACAAGUGGACAAAUUACAUGAAGAUGUGAUAGAAGAGAAUAAAAGUACUAAAUAUGUAGAUAAUUCUCAUGGAGAUUGUGAUACAAUUUUAAGUGACAGACUUUCAUCAAUGACUACAUCCGAUAUUGUACCAUCAAAUACAUCUAGGAAUGAGACAGUGACUAAUAAAGUAACAGCUCAGCCGCCUCCACCUCCCAACGCCCCACCACCACCCCCUCCCCCACCAGUGAUUGCUCCUGUAGUUAAUAAAUUAUCACCUGAUAACCAAGGUAACGACAAAGUAACACGUUGGAAUCCUGCACUAGUUUCUUGGAUGAAGAAAACCAUCUCUUGAUAAGAUGAAAAUAAUUACCAGUGUGUUGUUAUUUCUUGUUUUAAUUGUUGAAAGAAUCUGCAGGGCCUACUUUUAUAUGUUAUGAGUUGUGUUAUUUUAUUGAUAUUUUCUGUUAUCUUACUUGGAAGUUGUUAUUUUAGAAACUAUAAUAUUAACUUGAAUUUAUGAAUCUCUUAUUAAUGUAUCUAUUAAUUUUAGUAAAGAUAUUUUUGUAGAUGUGUAGUGAUUCAAGACUAUUCUUUUGUUACAAUAUAAAAAACCCAACAAAACAACCGACUGUCCGAUAUUUAAUAAAUUCACCAUUUACUAUUCUGAUAUUACUGUUUCUGUUGUUUUUUUCAAAUUUGAUUUAUAUAACCUUUAAAAUAUUGGAGAAGUACCAAGUGAGGUUUGUUUUGUUUGCAUAAACAUAGUAAGUGACAAUAUUUCUCAUCUGAAAUGUCAAAUUCUUUCAUGAUAUAAAUUUUACACAUUUCACAUAUUGAAUGUCAGUCAUUUGGCAGCUAAAAUGGCUUGAUAAGGAGGAUAUGUCAUUAAAAUAAAGCAGUGGUAGGUUUUGCAUCUUGUUCAUAUACAUGUAUUACAAUUAUGUUACCAUCCCUUUAACCUUCAAUGGCCUGUUUUAAUUUAAAUAAUAAAAUAACAUACAUGUAUAUGUACAUGAGUUUAAUGGCAGGAGAGCAGGUGGGGUGGGUGGUAAGUUUUGAAGCACACCUCACCCACUAUUGCGCCUCAUAUACUUCACUUCUUACCUAUCUGCUGCAUCAAAAGGUCAAUUCAGGAUUUUUUUGUUUUUGUUCUGACUGUGUUGACCUUGCCUAUAAUAAGCUUAAACCAUCAUUUUGACCUUGACAUUUUAAUGACCUUGACAUUAAAUGGUCAAAUGUUCAGAAUAUAGAAAAUUUAUCAAGGAUAUUUAUUUAAACACACCUGGUUUAGGCAUUAAAAUUUGUAUUUUAUGAAAACUGUUUUAAUCCCAAUAUUUGUAUGAUUUGUGUUAUUCAAUAUAUAUUAUGACAUAUAUUGGCCCUGGAAUGUUUCAAAUUUGAGUGUUCUGUCGUCUGCAAAGUGCAAUAUGAAUAUUUGCUAUUUUGUAACAUUUAUCUUUAAAGUAAAUAAAUAUUUUAUAAAAAAAUUCACAAUUAUUA